AGCUACUCGAAUCAGAUCGCAAGACUUAGUGCUCGUGCCGAAAAAGAUCGGAUUGUUGCACGCUGCUGAGUAUGGCGAAACAUAGUAUUUUUGACUUUCAAUCGCCCGAUGCUGACCUAAAAGACGAUGUCCUAAGGAGCCGACUGUUCGAAAUUUUAAGAAAAUAUGCCAGUGGUCCUGUUAUAUCAACUGAACUGGAAGAUGGCAAGAGCUGUUUGUUUAUCUUCGUUGGAGAAAAUGGGGGGUAAGGAAAGUAAACUAUAUAAACUUUCAGGAAGUUGGGUUAAACUGCAGAAUGCCGGGUUAUGAAGCUUACCCUUGGCAUAGAUUCCUCUUCGUGGAGUUUUAAUCACUGUAACUAAAGAAUCGGUCGCAUGGGCUUGGUGUGUGUGAUCCUGAAUGUCUUGGUUGGUCGCGCGAUGAACAAACACUUUGCAAAAUUGGUGGAAGGGGGCCGUGGGGAGAAGGGGAAUAGGUAAAAAUCAUAGUAGGAGGAUACCUAAGUGCAAUAGUUAAGUUAUUAAAUAAAGUCCCUCUAUGUCUAAAAGUGAGUGACAAAAACGAAUCAUUCUGACCAAAGCCAAAGCGUGCCUAAUCAACCAUGUCCUAGAGUGUUACUCGAGCUGACAUAAUUUAAAGGACAACUCGUGCAUUAAAUUAAAUGUUAUUCGCAAAAUUAGGUUGGCUUUCUAUAUUGAAGAUAUCUUUUGCACAAGAAAACUAUCCCUAUUUUUUAAAUCUCUAAUGGUCAUUGACUGGAAUAUUUUUCCUUUUAUAUGCUAUCAAUGUCAAGGGUAGUAAUGGACACAUUAAAAAGCCUCAAAAAGGAACUAUGAUCUUAUCACUUCUAAGAGCAGGAAAAUUUCAGAACGUUCCAUUCCAGUGCUUCCAGUUCCUAGGAGAUAUCACUUCGCUGAAGAGGUUUUUAUGAGGCAUCCAAAGAACUAUGAUACUGAAAAUUGCUACUGCUGAACAUUUUGACAUUGACUUAAAUUUCCUCUUUCUUUUCUCAUUAUAACUUGUAUUUAUUAACAGUUUAUUUUACUUAAUUUUUAGACCAGGUUAGGAAGGACCAUCAUGUGAACUUAACUGACUUAACCAUCUGUUAUAAAUGUCACUCAUUGUUUAAAAUGUUAUUAAUAUUAUUUAUUUACUUAGUGGGCUUGUUUUUUGGAACACAAAACAUACCAUUAAUAUUUCAGUCUAGUUUUUUGGGUUUUCUGAUUUUCAUAUAUUACAUUAAACUUAUAUUUUCCCAAUAUUUUUAUUUUCUAUAGACAUUGGAUUCUGCGAAGUUACUCCACCGGUUUGAUAACCUUGGAUGUAAUGCAAUGUGGGAAAGAAGAAAUAUUGUCUAAGGAUGUAAGAUUUUAUCACAUGAUCUGUUCAAUCUUCAGCUAAGAAUAAAUGAAUAUUUUUCAACUAAGUAAGUCUUGACCCACUAAGUCACUGUGUUACUGGGUUGCUUCGCACCUUUACACCCUAACACCAAUAUUUAUAAUUUCUCUGUACUGUUCUCUAUACAUUUCCCAUGGUGCUUACAAGGAGAAUUUGGCUAACAAUCAAGAGCUUCUUUACAAUUUGGUGAUCAUUUCCUUUAUUCUUGUGAUCUUAGUGUUUGAUUCAAGGGUUAUAAUGUAAGGGUGACCAUGUAAGGAGAAUUUAGAAGUCAAUCACUCCAAGGAAUAAGGUUUGAAUAAACUCCCAUCUCUAGUAGAACUGUACUUACAAAGGUAAUCCUUUUUUUCCCUUUUCUGGAAGAAAUCUUGUAAAGGUUCAUUAGGUGAUGAUGUUUAAUGCCACAUUCUUUCUCUGACAAGAAGGACAAUUUUUGACACAAAAUGUGAUGUUUGAUGAACUGACUUUUGUGAAGUAUACCAAAUAUGCUCACUACUGACUAGGGGUGUAGGAAAUUCAAUGCCACUUGCAUGUACAUGUAGUUUAGUCUUUGGAAAUAAUUUAUGAGUGCCUUCUAUAUUAGUCAACAUGAUAAACAUUCUUUAAACAUCUCAGGUGUUCAUGAUCUUCCAAGUUGGAGACUAACAUGAAUAUUCUCUUUUAUUUGGAACUUCAGACUUUAAAAAGUAUAGAAAAGGAGAUUUGCAAAGUUCUCUCAGCUGAGAAGUCACUGCAUUUGCCACCGAUAAAUCGAGGAGCUAAAGUGAACACCUAUUAUCCAACUGUAGAUGAUCUUCUAAUCCAGUAUGACUUUGACAGGUACGAAAACCUAAUUACAGUGCUCAGUUAGGGAUGGUGGCUGGAAUUUGUAAUGUGGAGUAUAUCACUUUUGACUACAUCUUCCACAAAUUGAUUAUACUGCUACACCCUGCAUUAUGAUUCAAUGAAAAGUGGGAAAAGCAUUAAAAAUAUAUGGAGAAGGGAAAAAAAGGCAGAGCAGGCUGCUUGUAAAAGAGUUUCUUAUGGUGUUCUAAUUUUAAGAGAUUUGUUCUAGUUUAUGAUAUAAAUUAGAUUUUUAAAAUGUAAUCUUAGUUUCAAAAUAUUAUUAUUUUUAUUUUGAUACUGGGCCUUUAUGGAUACCAGCCUUCUCAAACUGAUUGAUAAGAAAUUAUUUUUUUUAGUUUCUAAUGUAUUCCUUUCCUUUUUGAUUUAGAUUAGAAUUUGAAACCAAUUCUCCCUACCAAAACAUCAAAAUUCUUCACUCCCAGCAGUUUGGGAAUAUACUUAUUCUAGAUGAUGACAUAAGUAAGUAUUUUAGACCUGCAAACUAUUGCUUUAAAGCUUUGGUUGCAGCUCUCUUUGUAAUCAUACAAAAUCAUUAUUUCAAGGGAUGAUCUGACAACUCUCUAGGCACACAUAUAUUGUCAUCAGAUGAAAACAACAUAAAACAGGGAAACAUUAUUGACAGAAGAAAAUACUCAACUUGCUCUUACAUUGUACACAGAAUUGUGAUGACCAUUAAUAAUACUAGCUUCUUUGCCCAGAUCUUGCUGAAAGUGACUUCAUCUAUACUAAGACAAUAACAGGAAGUGGCAGAGAAGUCUUUAAGGACAAAACCAUUCUUAUUCUUGGGGGAGGGGAUGGUGGAAUUCUAAAUGAACUCCUGCAAUGCUCCCCUGAGUUUGUCACAAUGGUUGAUGUAUCCUUUGAGUAAUCCAAGCAACUUUGUAAAUUGUAUUUUGUAAUUUUUUUUCUUAUUAGGAAACAUGUUUUCCCUGUAGGGAAGUUCCAAAACAAGCAUGUUGCUUUCUUUUCUUUCUAAACUGUUACACCAUGAAUGCAGCUGAUUAACAUUUUUUCCCAAUAUUUUUAUAAUAAAUUAGGGGUGCAGCUUUGGCCACAAGAACAUCUGAAAAAUGUGCUACAAUUUGCUUGAAUUAACAUUAUUGAUCUGAAAUUUUUAAGUGUGCUUAGCAAACAACUAGGAACUUCAUAAAAAAGUAUAAAUCAACAAUCAGAAAUUUUUAAGUCUGUAUAGCAAACAACUAGGAACUUCAUAAAAAUAUACAACAAUAGAAAUUAUAUGUACAGUUUUAAGCUGUUAGUUCAUGUGUCUAAGCUGGCUGCAUCAACAGGAAAUUUUCAAUUUGCUUAAAGUUGUACUACCAUAUGCUUGAUCCUUAAUUUAUCCAUUUUUUAAACUAUGUAAGAUUGAUGAAGAUGUGAUAAACUGUGCUAUAAAGUAUUUACGAGGGAUAUGUGGAAAUGCUUUAGACAAUCUCUCUGGUGAACAUCACAAGGUUUGUUGCACCACAGGUUGAGCUUAGAAAUUUAUAUAAUUCAUGAGGCCAUUUGUGGUACUUACUACCAUUUCAAGAAAUAGUGUUUGACAUGAGGAGGACUCAGCCUCAUCCUAUUGUCCCGUGCUAAUUUUCUUCAGAAAUUAUCUUUUUUUGUCUUCAGUACACCCUUCUUGUGCCGCCUUGAAUGGAUUUGGGCCCAGUUUUAUAAAGGGUAGAUAAUGCUACCCAACCAAUAAAUUGCUAUCCGGCAGAUAAGUGAUGGCAAAAGGUAUAGUGUUAUCCACCGGAUAGAGGUUUAUCCUUUGGAUGGAGUUAUCUGACCUUCAAACAACUAGGGCCUGAGGAAUAAUGUGUAUAAAUUUGGUUUUGGACAUGUGAUGUGCUUUGUAAACAGAAUGGUCUCAUCUCAAUGACACUAAUAGUGGUCCAAUUAACUUCUAAAAUCACAAACUCAAAGUUAAUUAUUAUUCAUAUGUAUUAAUUAUAUACUGAACAGUAGUCAUUAAUGAUGAUAAUUGGUCAUUACAUUUUCAUAGGUACACAUUGGUGAUUGCGUGAAAUAUUUAGAGCAGUGUAUAGAGGAAGGCAGAACAUUUGAUUAUGUCAUCAAUGAUUUGACAGCAAUUCCUGUCACCAAGGAGCCAAUAGGUAUGCUAAGAAUAAGGGAAUCUUAUUUCUUUCUUGGUUACACUUGUUGAGUAAAUGGCUAAGCUGGUCACAGUCUCUUUUGAGAAAGAAUGUGUCUUAACCUUUUUUUCUUAACCCUUUAACACCCUGUAGUGAUUGGCUUCUUAUUUCUCCCCAUAGUAUCACCCUUAAAUCAUAUGUAAAGAUCACGAGAAUUAUGGAAAUGAUCACCUACUUAAGAAGCUCCUGAUCGUCAAACAAAUUCUCCUUGUCAUUGCCACUGUAAAUGUGGAAAGAUCAGUGUGGAGAAUAUGAAUACCUAUGGUAGGGUUUAAUGGAUUGAGAGAUUCACCGUGCUGAUCAAGAGGUCUGAGCAUGAGUGUGGGUAGGGGUUGCUUGGUGCUAAUAGGCAAAGACAUGUUCCUCUCUCACAGGCUCUCUCCACUGGCAAAUUGUUAAAUGGGUCUAUGCACCCAAAAACUGCUCAGUAAACUAACCCAAUGCCAUGGGGUAACUUCUGGACUAGCUAGAUGAGUCGGUCAUCUAUGCAAACUUUCUAUGAAAUGGCAUGUCUAAAAUUUCUUACCUUAGAGGUCUCAAACCUUCUUGUGUAUCUCUGUCUUUAUGAGAAGGAAGGAGCAAAUUUAUUUCAAAAUACUUGGGCACUGGGACUUGACAACAAGCUGCCUUGAUAUUUUGUACUUUGCUUGUUUUCUUUUUAUGGUGUAAUACUGAUAAAUGUUAAGUUGAAGUGUAAAUUUUAGUAAGAGAUCCUAAUGUUUUCAUCUGCUGUUUUGAAAGGUUCCUUGUGGGAAUUCUUAAGACUGAUUCUGGAUAUGUCGAUGAAGGUGCUGUCACCUAGUGGGAAAUAUUUCACCCAGGUUUGUAAAUUUUAUUUUUUUUACAUCAUGAAAUCUGUACUGGUAAUUGUGUGUAUAUCCUCAGGGAAAGCUCUCAGCACUAAAACUAAACCUUGCACUCUUUUGUUUACAUUAGACAUAACUUCUUUGUUGCAUGUACCGUGUGCUUCUUUUUCGUUAAGAAAUAGUAAACGUAACUCAUUGACGGUGGAAUGAGCACCUUCUAGCCUAUUAAUUACGAACCUUGUAAAUAGGAGACAAAUAGCACAAACAGGACACAACGUUGGGUCUAUGAAUUGUAACUUCUUCGGUUACAUUCAUUAACUCUGUAAACCAGAGUAGCAUCAAACCAUUUCAGGAAAAAAGUAGUCAAGACUCAUUACUGCAGCCUCGUUUCUGGGAAGAACAUAGACCCUGGGAACGAGGCUGUCCCAACUGUCAAACCAACUGACUGCUGAAAGAAGAACAGUAGAAGGUUUGAACUCAGAUUAACAGAGAACAAAGAUGCUUAAGUGUCGUUAUGGAAAAUUCAACCCUUGGACCUUGAGACUCUCUUCUACCACCUUUGAAGCAAUUGGUCAUGUUGUAUCUUGCCUAAAGUAAUAUCAUAACGGAAAAUCAGCCCUAUUGUACUUGAAGACUAUAUAUGUAUAUAUAUUUUUUUAUUUCCAGGGUAACAGUUACAAUAAGCCGGAUGCUUUACUAAUGUACGAACAACAGUUAACCAAGCUGUCUUGCCCUGUCCAAUUCAGAAAAGAAGACGUCUUUGUUCCAUCUUACCACGAAAAGUAUCCUUUGAUCAUCUAACUACACCGUUUUUCCCUUGUGUCUUUGACCACAUUUCCAUUGUAGUUUUGCAUUCAUAGUAGGGUUUACAGUUUGGGGUUUUGAUUAAAAAUUAUUGGAACCGUGUGGCCUAUAACUGUCCUUGCUUAUACCCGGUUUCGUUGCCAUGGAGUUACGAGGGUGAUGUUUUAAGCCGAAUAAAGGGGGUAAAUUUCUAAAGAAACUGUGGUGCUGGGUCGGUGGGAGAGUAUAACAAAACAAUUCAGUAUUAUCAACUGAGCUGAUAACGUAAAUUGGCUACCAUUAUAAGAGUUUCAAAGCUGAUGUUUACAGCCUCUGGAAUGGAAUGCUAGUACAUCACAGGUUCAUGUACCCGCCAUGUUUUUUGUCACAUUUCCGUGACGGUUCUCUCGCAUCCAUGUGAACUUUCGGUGUGGAGAAAGACAGGUUGAAGGUGAAGUGUCUAGUGUUAUGUUCAUUUUACCAAAAUGAAAUAACCCAGUUAUUUAAAGUCGUUACAUUUGACUAAGAUAAUAAAGCGUCUUAGUAUGAAGAGCAAUGGCGCGUUGAAAAGGUUGAACAGCAUAGAAACAUCAGAUCCGCUUCAAGGUUUGUAAUUAUGUUCUUAACUCUAUAAAAACCCUAAUAAUCAUGAUAUAUUGGCUCCUUGACUUAUUUGAUCCAGAUGGGUAUUCUACGAAAUAUGGAAGACGAAUGAAAGUACACUCUCAUAAUACCAAUUGUAAACUGAGCUUAAUUGAUGUCUUACUGGAGAUGAAAGUAUCGAAACCAGUUGCAUUUUAGCCGAAAUUAGCUUAGUUUGAGGCACUAAACCGUCAAACGACUAUGUUUAACAAAGAGACCUUGGAACAUAGUUAGGUCAUCGUUUUAAAUAAUUUAUUAUACAACCGUUGUAAUAGAACACGCAUACCCCCACUAAAAUCGUUGGUGUUUAUUGUCAUGAAUAUUAAACAUCAGUCUAUCAGCCCGCUUCUAUGUAGCUACCUACUUUGCGUACAUUUUAGCCUGACUACUUGGCUUAGUUUGUCGUCGUGAAAAGAGAAAGCUUACACCGAGGCAUAGAUGCCGUAAUGAUUUCUCAACGAGCGAACACUCAACUCCCAAUGCCUUGUUGAAGGAACCGAAGCGAGAUAACCUGUGUCUGAUACAACUCCCGCUUGCUACGCAUGGUUAUCUCGAGCCACGAGUAUUUUGAACUUCUGUUUAGGCCAAUUCGUCUUCCUAAACAUUUAUUUGACCCCGUCGAUCAUUUGAGCUUGUUGCUGAUCCCCAUAAGCUUAGAGAAAGCUUCUCAAAUCAAGCCCAAAGGAAAAAUGAACAACAAGGCCCCCAGCUAACCUUUGUCCUAACCGGGAUUAUCUUUGUAAGUAUAAAUAAUUGGUGAGUAGGGCUACCUUCUCCCCAAAUAAAGAAGAAACGAAGACAAAGUAACUUUACAAUUAGCC